UCAUUUUUGUAUGAAAUUUUAGGUCUGAAUGUUUUUUUUUAUUUUAAUUUGAUUAGUAGCUUUUGGGUUUAGUGCUAGGCUUAAUAUUCCCGUGCUUGUUUGGAUUUUGAUGAAAUUUUAGAUCUUUAGGAGAAUUGUAGGUCGGGCAAGGAUUUUUUAUGUGUUUUUUUGGUAUAUUUGGAUUUUGAUGAAAUUUCAGGUUCUUAAGAGAAAUCUCGUAACUUGAUUUAAAAUUAAAGUGGAAAGUUUGUGGCUUAAUGUUAGAUGAACUGGUAUCUGACUUAUGGAUUCUGAAUUCAGCUGAAACUUGAAAAAAUGGGGUUGUAUUUCACCAAAUUGAUCGGUUGGCUUUUUGCUAUGAAGGAAAUGCAACUUCGUAUGGUCGGUAUCGAUGCUGGAAGUAAAACUACAGUCUUGUACAAGCUCAAGUGCGAUGAGAUCACAGACCACCAUUCCAACAAUUGGAAUUUCUUCAUGGCUGUGUUGCCAAGAGAGGGCAGGAUGUAUACAUUUUCUUGGGGCAACGAUGGCAAACUCGGCCACCUAACCGAGCCAACCGAUGUUGAGCCCCAUCCUCUAUUGGGAGCACUUGAGAAUGUACCUGUGGUGAAAAUUGCAGCUGGAUACUGCUACCUUCUUGCUUUGGCUUGUCAACCAAAUGGCAUAUGGAAAUAGACAUGCAAAUGUGUUGGCACCGGAGCUACCUAGUGACAUCGUUGAAGCAAGUGAAUGAGCAGGUUGUACUGAUCGAUCCCACCAAUUCCAUAUACUGGAACGCCCACACUUCUCACUCACCGAGUCAGGGAUACUAUAUGCAUUUGGGCCCGGAGACAAAGGGCAACUAGGCAUUGAACUUGUUGCCAACCAGACCGAAAGGGGAAAACCAAACUGGUCGAUAAUGAUCUCAGAUAGAGUUCAUCAUAUCACCGGCUUUCCCGGCCACAACAUAAUAAUCUAUCAUCUAAUUUAUCAUCAUAACUCAUUGCAUAUGAUGUUUACAUUUCCAUGUCUAUUGUGUACAUAGAAACAAAGAAUUGUGAAGUGUCAAGUUUAUUAGCUUAUUAAGGGCUUAAAACAAAUUGCUAAAUGGCUGUUUAUAUCUGAAAAUUUGGCAAUUUGAUGAUACAUUUGUCGUAGUUGAUAGUUGAUGAUACAUUUGUCAAGGGUUCAUUUCA